UAGAUCUAAUUAGACCGUUUGCAAUUUAUACAAAAACCUCGCUGAAACCCUAACAAUUCUAAUCUAUUUUAUUUUAUAUUAUUAUUAUUAUUAUAUUCUGUAAUAUCAAUGGCGGACGAAGAGGUUUUGGGCUCAGCAAGCCCCGCUCCGUCUGAUCACAAACGGAAGCUUGAUGAUUUGGAUAGCGAGCCGUUAGAACAACCGCCGGUUACUGCUGAUUCUAACGGCGAUUCGGAACCCGUAGCUGACGGUGACGGUGAAGAAGACGGUGAUGAUGAUCCUGAUGCCAAACGACCUCGUUUUGAUGACGACACUGAUGGCCUUGUAGAAGUUGGUGAGAAUGGGUAUCAAAAGAAGGAAGAGGAACCAAAGGAAGACCUUGCUGAACCAUUACCCUUGAUUAAAAAUACUGAUUUGGAGGAAGAUCAAGAACAAGCCAAUGAACCUUUGGAUUCCAUCGAAUUGCAGUCUGCCGAGAAUCCCGAAGGGUCAGCUAAGGAGGAUCAUAAUCAGGAAUCUGGUUUAGAACAAGCCACAUCUACUGACAAACCUAAGUCAGCUGAUGGUCACACUUCAGAUGUAGCUCCACAAGAUGAUGCGUCUGGUUUCAAAGAGCAGCCUACGUCUACUGGUCAACCUACCUCACGCAGAAUGGAGGUACCAAGUAAUAAGGUUGGUGUGCUAAUUGGCAAGGCUGGAGACACUAUUCGAACUCUACAGCAAAGCUCGGGGGCAAGGAUUCAAAUCACACGAGAUGCUGAUGCUGAUCCUAAUUCAGCCUCUAGGUCUGUGGAACUAAUAGGUUCUACAGAAAAUAUAAACAAGGCUGAGAGGCUGAUAAAAGAAGUUAUAGCAGAGGCUGAUGCUGGUGGCUCCCCCUCUUUAGUUGCCAGGGGUUUUUCUGUCCAUUCUUCAGCGAUUGGUGAACAAGUUCAUAUACAAGUUCCAAAUGACAAGGUUGGGGUAAUUAUUGGCAAAGGUGGAGAAACUAUUAAAAACCUGCAGGCAAGAUCUGGAGCCCGCAUUCAGUUGAUUCCCCAACAUCUUCCUGAGGGAGACCAGUCUAUGGAAAGAACCGUGAGAGUAACUGGUGAAAGACAACAGAUUGAGGCAGCAAAAGUAAUGAUCAAGGAAGUGAUGGAACAGCCUAUAAGGUCAACCCCAUCAGGCGGUAAUAUUCAGCAAAACUUUCGUCCACGUGGAUCCGGUCCACAAUGGGGACCCCGAGGUGGACAUUCCCCUCAGCCAACUGGCUAUAACAACUAUCCUCCAAGAGGACCUGCCUAUCCAUCUCAGAAUCCACUGUAUUCCUCACAGGGUUAUGGAAAUUAUCCAUCACAGCAACCUCCACCAAAGAACAAUUAUGGUUGGGACCAAAGACCUCCAACAAACAUGCAAGGGCCACCUGAACAGCCUGGUUACGACUACUAUGGCGGGCCAGGGGGUCACAUGGCUGCAUCAUCUGGACACCCUCCUAUCCAUUCUCAUGCUCCUGGGCCUGCCGGUCCACCUCCUUCUCAAGCAAAUUACAAUUAUGGACAACCCCAAGGUCCAGAUUACGGGCAGCCGCCAGCCCCCUAUGCACAGACUGCACCGCAAGGGUAUGGUCAUGGUUAUGGUGAAGCCAGGUACGACAACCAAGGACCUGGUCAACAUCCGUAUGGAGGUCAAGGAACUCAGCCUUCAACUUUCCCUCAUGGUGCCACUGCUCAAACAGGGUAUGGCCAGCCUGAACAGUAUGGUAAGCCGGGAUACAACAUGCCACCACAGGGAUCUUAUGGUCAACCAUCUCGGCAACAGCUGUAUCCUGCAUCGAGUGGGCCAGUGCAGCCAGUUUACCCACAAUAUGGUACUGCUCCAGCUCCUGCGGCCAAUGAUGGGUAUAAUAACUCGGCUGCAACCCCUGCUGGUUAUGGUCAGCAAGCUGGUCCGCCAGUGUCUGGAUAUGGUCAGACUGGUGGGCAACAGGUGGCACCUGGUUAUGCUCAGGCAGGUCCAACUCCUGGCUAUGGCCAGUACCCUUCUACUCAACCUGGGUAUGCUGAACAAACAGCUCCAACCAGUGCAGGUUACGGUUAUCAAGGAGCACCAGAUCCUGCUUAUGGUGGUGGUCCAGGAAUGGGUUAUGGUGCACCCCCACCUGUUCAGCCUGCUUACUCUCAACCUGCUCCAAUUCCAGCUCCGGUUCAACCCGGUUAUGACCAGUCUGGCCCUCAAGCUGGUGGCUAUGCGGCUCAGCCACAUCCACAACCACAAGCGGGUUAUGGUCAGUAUGAUAGUAGCCAGAUGUACACUGCACAACGCUGAUUAUGAAUAGUUCCUUGUUUGCUCUGGUUGUAUUAGUGCGAGCUCUUAGGAUAGUUGAAUCCAAUGUCAUAAUUGUGUUUUACGGAUUUUGUAAGUCAUUGAGGAUAUUUCUGUAGUUCUCUUUUCUUCUUUUUCAAA